AUGGGCUUCCCCCCGGCGGUGCCCAGGCUCCUGCCCAACCUCCUCUUCCUGCUUACCCACCUGCGCCGCCUCUCCUCCUGGCUGCUCGGCGCCGGCAUUGACCACCCAAACAACUCAGACUCAGACCACCACCACCACCACCACGGCCUCAAGGAGCUGGAGGAGCACUGCCCGGCCGUGCGCUUCGACGAGCUCUCCGUAUCCAACGACGGCACCAGCCCCGGGAUGCCCAUCCUCCCAGAGGGAUGCGUGGUGUGCCUCAGCGACUUCCACGGCACCGCGUGUGUGCGCCGGCCGCGGCGGUGCCGGCACGUCUUUCACUUUGGCUGCCUCGACCGCUGGGCCGCUCACGGCCACAGAACCUGCCCGCUCUGCCGGGCUCCGUUCCUCCCGCCCUUCCUCCUGCCCAUGCCAGUCCCGACGUCGUGA